AUGGAGUUGUUCACCCUCCCACCGUCGCUCCUCGCCCUCGUGGCUUGCUUCGUCCUCGCCGAAGCGCAAUACCCACCACCAGCUUCAUACCAGAACAUCCUCAACUCGUCGCUAAACCCCAAAAUCACCGUCGCAUACAAACAGCCAGACGCGGGAACAUGCACCACGGCCUUCUCCACGCAAAAGCAGUACACCGGAUACAUUGGCCUCCCUCCAUAUACACUCGCUCCCAUACAACAAGACUAUUCCAUCAACACAUUCUUCUGGUUCGUCGAGUCCCGACAGGUGCCCGAAACAUCUCCCCUAACCAUCUGGCUGAACGGGGGCCCGGGCUCGAGUAGCAUGGUCGGCUUCUUCAAUGAGGUAGGGCCUUGCGAGGUGAUACAAACGGGUGAUGGCAGUUACGGCACCCAGUUCAGAAUGUACGGAUGGGAUCGCACCAGUAAUAUGCUCUUCAUCGACCAGCCUAACCAGGUGGGCUUUUCUUACGACACGGCUACCAAUGCUUCUUAUGACUUCUUUCACGGCGAGACUUUUGAGCCGCCGACGGGACCUAGUUCGGGACUUCCGGGGUAUAUGUAUAUGAACGGAACUUUUAGCUCGGCAAGCUCCAGUAUACCGAAUGGCAAUAAUAAUACUGCGAACACGACCGAGAUUGCGGCGGCGGCGACGUGGCAUUUCUUGCAGACUUGGCUGGCUGCUUUUCCGCAGUAUAACCCUGCUGUACGGCCGAAUGUCACGAAUCCAAAGGCGAUGUUUACGAGUACGGAACCCGUUGGUGUUAAUUUGUUCUCCGAGUCUUAUGGUGGCAAAUAUGGACCGGUCUUUGCGAGGCACUUUGAGCAGCAAAAUCAGUAUCGCAGUAAUGGUACACUUCCCAUGAACAGCACGCUCGCUAUCCAGCUGGAGACGGUGGGUAUAAUGAACGGUCUCGUGGACGAUCUGAUACAGGACGCGACAUUUCCUCAAUUCGCCUUCAAUAACACAUAUGGUAUCCAAGCGAUGGACUUGACGGACCAGCUGAACGGCCUAUCAGCAUUCUCUGGCAUUGGAGGUUGUCGCGACCAGAUCCUCGCGUGUCGGAGUGCUAUGAACUCGACGGAUCCGGAAGGAUAUGGGGAUGUGGAUGCCACCAACGCGAUGUGUGAAAGUGCUCAGAUUAAUUGCUUGAAUGUGUCUGCGGCAUACUUUGCUAAUGGGUACGAUCCUUACGAUAUUCGGCAGAAAUUGCCGAGUCCGGAUCCCCCAGCUGCGUAUCAGGAGUAUCUGAACAAUGCGAGUGUGCUGGCUGCUAUUGGUGCAAGGGUCAAUUAUACUGAGAGUUCGUCGUACGUCCAGAACGAGUUUGUGGAGACUGGCGAUACGAUCCGGGGAGGCAUGAUCGAGGACCUGGCUUAUCUUCUCCGGCAAGGCAUUCGCGUGGCGCUGGUAUACGGUGAUGCGGAUUUUCUAUGCAACUGGUACGGCGGAGAGGCAGUCAGUCUUGCCAUCGCUGCCGAGCUCGCCAAUUAUCCUGCCUCGCCCGCCGUAAGCCUCAAUGGUCCGGCCGCCGUCGCCAUACCGGCCUCAUACGCCUCCGCAUUCCCCGCUGCAGGCUACGCCGAUAUCGUGGUGAACAAUUCCUAUGUCGGAGGGGUAUCGCGACAAUUCGGCAAUUUGUCCUUUAGUCGGAUCUACGACGCUGGCCACUUCGUCCCGUACUUCCAACCCGAAACGGCUUUCACAGUCUUCACCCGCAUCAUCGAAGGCAAUGAUAUCUCGACUGGUGAAGGUAUCAACCUCUCUACCUUCGGCUCUGUCGGCCCAUCACGCUCUAACCACACCAACAAUCCCACCGCAUACUCCCCUCAACCUACCUGCUGGAUCCGAAGCUGGAAUAGUACAUGCAGUGAUUCCGACACCAAAGCCAUGCUCGCCGGUAGUGGGGUGGUCUCUUACGGCAUGUUCAUCCCUAAUUCCGGUGGCUCGGUCUCGUUGCCUACGUCGAGUGUUCCCGUUGGACAGCCGGGUCAUCCUGUUAGUAGUUCUUCGGCUGGUCAUCAGUCUGGUUCGCCCGCUAUGAGCGAUGGAUCUACUACUGGGUUGACGGGGGUGUAUACUGCUACUGGGACGCCGGCGCCGACGCAGAAGGGUGGGGCUGGUGCGGUAAGAGGUGGCGGUGAGGGGGUUUGGGUGAGGUUGGGACCGGUGGUGGUGGGGCUGAUGGGGGUGGGGGUGGGGGCGGUGGUGAUGUUGUGA